AUGGCAGAACGAGAGCCUCUCACAGGGAGUACUGGUAGUGUACAGUAUGGAGGGACGGAGAGACCUAGGGUCAGGACAACAAGUAGUAGAAGGGUAUUAAAUCGAAUGACCACUCAGGAAAUCAGAGUAAAAAUCCGUAAGAUGGCUGAUCUAGUAUCGAGUGAAGAAUUAGGCGAUAGGGAUUUUACGGAUUUAUCAUUAUAUGAGAAGAAAUCUCUGUUGAUCAAUAGAGAAUUAGAUCAGAUGGGUAUGGGAAGAUAUCAAUGGUGUGUGUUCACGUUGUGUGGAUUAGGAUAUUUCUUGGAUCUGGGUUGGGCACAAGCUUUUGGGUUGGUAGGAGGAGCGAUCCAACAAGAAUUGGGUGUACCAGAUUCACAGAUCGGAGCUCUCUCCACAGCCUUUAACUUCGGUUUAUGUAUUGGUGCUUUCGGCUGGGGAUUACUAGUCGAUAUUGUCGGUCGACGAUGGUGCUUUAACUUCACCUGCCUGUUCUCCACCGUUUUCGGACUCUGUUUUGCAUUACCUUCCAACUAUGCCUUGACUUGUCUACUCGCUUGCUUGAUUGGAUUGGGGGUCGGGGGCAAUAUCCCCGUAGAUGCUACUAUAACCCUAGAGUUCCUUCCUACAAAAAAUCGAUAUUUGUUAGCUGCUCUAUCGACAUUUCAGCCCAUCGGUACAGUCGCUGUAUCCUUGCUCGCAUUCGCCCUCAUACCCAAGUACUCCUGCGACACAUCUCUGAAAUCAUGUAAUAUCAGUGAAGCGCCAUGUUGUUCAAGGAGUAACAAUAUGGGAUGGAGAUACACAAUCAUGAUCCUAGGCUUUUUCACUCUUUUGAUUUUCUUCUGUCGAUUCGCAGUAUUCAAAUUCCGGGAAUCCCCAAAGUACCUCUUAUCGAAAGGACACGAUGCCCAUGCAUUGGACGUCUUACACUCCAUAUCGAUAUUCAACAAAAAUGAAAAACCUCCUACUCUCACUAUACAAGAUCUCAGAACGUUAGAUUACGCGGAAGAGCGAAGAUUGAGAGGUCUCCCUCCUGCACAAUACAAUCCUGCUGACGGACCUGCAGCUUCUGCGGAUGAAGAUAAUUUGGUAAAGAAAGUUACGAUAGGUGGUUUCCAAAAGGCUUUUGGACAUUUACAAGGAUUGUUCAAGCAGAGGAUAUAUGUUUGGUUAUUUGUUAGUUUAGCGAUCGCAUACAUGGCUUUGUUCUGGUCCUUUGCUCUUGCCGGAUACUUCCUGCCUCUCAUACUCAAAGCAAAAGGUAUAGAUGCGGAUGGCAGUGUGGAAGAUACGUAUAGAUCGUAUAUAUGGAUAUAUACACCCGGUGUAACGGCAACUUUGGUAGCAGCUUGGAUAACAGGUUUCUCCAAAUUCGGUAGAAGGUGGAUUAUGGUAAUUUCCUCGGCACUCAUGGGAGCUUCUUUGGCGUUGUAUCAACUCGUUGACUCACGUUCGGCUAAUAUCGGAUUCAACGCCAUGGAAUAUUGGUUCCAAUCACUUUAUGCCGCAUUGUUGUAUGCGUACACACCUGAAGCUUUCCCAGCUACGUUCAGGGGAUCUACAAGUGGGAUGCUAUCAACUUUAGGUAGGAUAGCUAGUAUAAUCGCUCCUAUUGUGGGUGGAUCGGUGUAUCAUGGUUCGGAUUCACCUGGAGUAUUGUGGUUAGCCGCUGGAGGAGCUUGGUUAUCCACUUUGGCUAUUGCUUUCCUACCUCACAAUGUCAAUCGGAAAACAAAUGCCUAG